GGAUCCGCCGAGGAUAAAUAAUCGAAGUCAAAGUAACCUGCUCCACGCUUACGUGGCAAAAUCAGAACCCUUCAUCUGUUAUUCACGUUGGAAAUUAGUGGCAUUUAUUAAUAUAUCUCUGUCAAGAUCAGCGAACAGCGGAUUCAUUCAACCUCUAUCCCAAACUUCUUGUACUUCGACUGCAUCUUUAGACUUUGAAAUUGCUAUUUCUCAACUUCACCUCAGAGAUUUCACUCAUCAGAUUUGUGCUUGGGGUUUUCCUCAUCUCUUAGUUAAAACCAUGGAUUUUAGCCAUUUAAAUCGUGGGCAGAUGACUCUGAUGGGAUCUGCGUUUUGUGUGGUGCUUUCGUUGCAUUUCACACUGCAGCUUGUGUCACAGCAUCUUUUUUACUGGAAAAACCCCAAGGAGCAGAAAGCUAUACUUAUUAUUAUUCUUAUGGCUCCUAUAUAUGCUGCUGUCUCCUUUGUGGGUUUAUCGGAUAUUAGAGGAAGCAAAGCCUUCUUCAUGUUUCUGGAAUCUGUCAAGGAAUGUUACGAGGCUUUUGUGAUCGCUAAGUUCAUGGCUUUGAUGUAUAGUUACUUGAAUAUAUCUAUUAGCAAAAAUAUUGUACCUGAUGAAAUUAAAGGUAGAGAGAUUCACCAUUCAUUUCCUAUGACCCUUUUUCAGCCUCGAACAGUUAGGCUGAACCACCAUACACUAAAGCUUCUCAAGUAUUGGACAUGGCAAUUCGUUGUCAUCCGCCCAGUGUGUUCUGUCUUGAUGAUAACCCUGCAACUUCUUCAGUUUUAUCCAUCUUGGUUGAGCUGGACAUUCACAAUCAUCCUCAAUGUGUCUGUUUCAUUAGCGUUAUACUCUUUGGUAGCCUUUUACCAUGUCUUUGCCAAAGAGUUGGAACCUCAUAAGCCACUUGCGAAGUUCUUGUGCAUCAAGGGAAUUGUUUUCUUCUGCUUUUGGCAGGGAGUGGUGCUUGACAUACUUGUUGCUGUGGGCAUCAUUCGAGCAAAUCAUUUCUGGUUGGAUGUGGAGCACCUUGAGGAAGCUCUUCAGAACGUAUUGGUGUGUCUAGAGAUGGUUGUAUUCGCUGUUCUCCAGCAGUAUGCAUACCAUGUUUAUCCGUAUAGUGGAGAAACUGAAGCUAAGUUGAAGCUAGGCAAGAAACUUGAAUGAUUUUGGGAUUCCCGAGCUCUAAUUUAGAAAAGAGAAAUACCUGUUUCUGUGGGAUUUGAACAUAAUUUUUAUGAAUGCUUGUGAUCUGUUUUGUAAUUGCCUUCGCAUAUCAAACAUAAAAUUUAUUUAUUUAUGCGUAAGAACGACAUUUACGCGAUACUAAA